AUGUCCAACAGCAGCUCCAUCACCCAGUUCCUCCUCCUGGCAUUCGCAGACACACGGGAGCUGCAGCUCUUGCACUUCUGGCUCUUCCUGGGCAUCUACCUGGCUGCCCUCCUGGGCAACGGCCUCAUCAUCACCACCAUCGCCUGUGACCACCACCUCCACACCCCCAUGUACUUCUUCCUCCUCAACCUCUCCAUUCUUGACCUGGGAUCCAUCUCCACCACUGUCCCCAAAACCAUGGCAAACUCUCUCUGGAACAUCAGGACCAUUUCCUACACAGGAUGUGUUGCCCAAGUCUUUCUCUAUGUCUUUUUCAUUUCAGCAGAAUAUUGGCUCCUCACAGUCAUGUCCUACGACCGCUACGUUGCCAUCUGCAAACCCCUGCACUACGGGACCCUCCUGGGCAGCAGAGCUUGUGUCCACAUGGCAGCAGCUGCCUGGGGCGCUGGGUUUCUCACUGCUCUGCUGCACACGGCCAAUACAUUUUCCCUGUCCCUCUGCCAGGGCAAUGCUGUGGACCAGUUCUUCUGUGAAAUCCCACAGAUCCUCAAGCUCUCCUGCUCAGAUUUCUACCUCAGGGAAGUUGGGCUUCUUGUAGUCAGUGUCUUUGUAGCAUUUGUCUGUUUUGUUUUCAUUGUGGUGUCCUAUGUGCAGAUCUUCAGGUCAGUGCUGAGGAUCCCCUCUGAGCAGGGACGGCACAAAGCCUUUUCCACGUGCCUCCCUCACCUGGCCGUGGUCUCCCUGUUUAUCAGCACUGGAGCAUUUGCCUACCUGAAACCUUCCUCUGUAUCCUCUCCAUCACUGGACAUUGUGGUGUCAUUUCUGUACUCAGUGGUGCCUCCAGCACUGAACCCCCUCAUCUACAGCUUGAGGAAUCAGCAGCUCAAGGAUGCAGUCACUCAAGAUUACCUGUUCCAUGACUUUCCCCGGCACUGAGGUCAGACUGACAGGCCUGGAGUUCCCCGGAUCCUCUCUGCAACCCUUCUUGUAUAUGGGCACAACAUCAGCCAGCCUCCAGUCUAGUGGAACUUCCCCAGUCAGCCAGGACCUCUGGAAGAUGAUGGAUAGGGGUUUGGAAAGGACAUCCGCCAGCUCCUUCAAUACUCUUGGGUGGAUCCCAUCCGGCCCCAUAGACUUGUGGGCGUCUAGCUGGGCAAGCAAGUCUCUAACCGCCUCCUCUUGGAUCACGGGAGCCUCAAUCUGCCCCUCUAACUCUUGGAUUUGUAAACAGAAGGAACAACUUUCUUUGCUAUUAAAGACUGAGGCGAAGAAGGCAUUAAGUACCUCAGCCUUGUCCUUAUCCCCUGUCACUGUUAUUCCUUCUGCAUCCACUAGAGACUGGAUAUUCUCCCUCGUCCUCCUUUUCCUGUUAAUGUACUUGUAGAAAGACUUUUUGUUGUCUUUCACAGACUUAGCGAGUUUUAAUUCUAGUUGGGCCUUGGCCCUCCUGAUUUUUUCCCUGCACGAUCUCACUUCCUCCCUGUAGUCCACCCAAGAUGCCUGUCCUUUCCUCCAGAGCACAUAGAGCUUCUUCUUAUUAUUGACGCAUCUUGAGAUCUCCCUGCUCCACCAAGCUGGCUUUUCCCCCCGCCGGCUCCUUUUCCGGAACACAGGGAUGGUUUGCUCUUGAGCUGCUAGGAUUUCAUUUUUCAAGAGCGCCCAACCCUCGUGGGCUCCCUUGCCCUGAAGGACUGUUUCCCACGGGACUUUGCUAAUCAACCUUCUGAACAGGCCAAAGUCUGCCCUCUGGAAGUUUAAUGUGACUGUUUUGCUAACCCCCUUCUUAAUCCCACCUAGAACUGAAAACCCUAUCAUCUCAUGAUCGCUUAAUCCCAGGCGUCCUCCAACCGUCAAAUCCCCAACAAGACCUUCUCUAUUCACAAACAGCAGGUCUAGGAAGGCACCCUCCCUUGUUGGUUCGCUAACCAGUUGUGCAAGGAAGUUGUCUUCGAUGCACUCCAGGAACCUCCUAGACUGUUUCCUUUCUGCUGUAUUGUACUCCCAGCAGACAUCCGGAAAGUUAAAGUCUCCCACAAGGACAAGAGGCAGAGAUUUAGAGACUGUCCCCAGCUGUUUAUAGAAGAGCUCAUCAGCAGCUUCUUCUUGGCUGGGUGGUCUGUAACAGACUCCUAUCACAAAGUCCCCUUUCUUGUGGGCUCCUCUGAUUUUAACCCAUAGGCACUCGAUCCCAUCCUCACCGUAAUCCAGUUCAAGAGUAUCAAAGCACUCUUUGACAUAGAGGGCUACCCCGCCUCCUUUCCUACCCUUCCUGUCCCGCCUGAAGAGUUUAUAUCCCAACA